CUGUCGCCGAGCUGCAACUUUUUUCUCACAUUGUCAUUUCUCUCACACUUUUCUGUUCAUUACCUAUUUCCAAUCGCCCAGAACUAAAAGUUUCCUGUUUCUCUUCAUUUAUGGUAUAGAAUCAACGGUCAUACUGGUGGCAGGGAGAAGGUCCUUUGACCCGAGGUGAAAACACUACAAGCCGUGAGCGCAACACAAAACACACGAGCUGUCAAAAUGUCUGCAAAAAAUGUGUCGGGGCCGAAUGGCAAGAAGCCAGCUUCUGCCGCUACAAAUUUAAUAGCUGGAGGAGCAGCAGGAAUGAUGGAAGCUCUCGUGUGCCAUCCACUUGAUACCAUUAAAGUGCGAAUGCAACUUUCUCGUCGAGCCCGCGCGCCAGGCGCAAAGAAGCGCGGCUUCUUGACCACCGGUGCAGAGAUUGUGAAGAGGGAAACGCCCUUAGGUCUAUACAAAGGGCUAGGAGCUGUAGUGACUGGUAUAGUACCGAAGAUGGCUAUACGGUUUACAAGUUUCGAAGCAUACAAGAAAUUAUUGGCGGACAAAGAGACUGGCGCAGUCAGUGGGCAGGCAACGUUUCUAGCUGGUCUUGCGGCUGGUGUGACAGAAGCAGUAGCUGUUGUUACUCCAAUGGAAGUCAUUAAAAUCCGAUUGCAGGCUCAACACCACAGCAUGGCGGAUCCACUGGAUAUACCAAAAUACAGAAACGCUGCUCAUGCUCUCUAUACUGUUUUGAAGGAAGAAGGGCCGGGAGCUUUGUAUCGAGGUGUCUCUUUGACCGCACUAAGGCAAGGCUCCAACCAAGCAGUGAACUUUACUGCAUACACAGAAUUCAAGGAGCUCUUACAGAAGUGGCAACCGCAAUAUGCAGACUCGCCUAUCCCAUCUUAUCAGACGACUCUGAUCGGCCUGGUUUCAGGAGCCAUGGGUCCACUAUCCAACGCGCCUAUUGAUACGAUCAAGACGAGAUUACAGAAAACGCCUGGGCAACCUGGAGAGACAGCUUUGAGUCGAAUCACAGCAAUUGCGAAAGACAUGUUUCGACGCGAAGGAUUCCACGCCUUCUACAAAGGCAUCACACCACGCAUUAUGCGUGUAGCUCCAGGUCAGGCUGUAACAUUCACCGUGUACGAGUACCUGAAAGAGAAGUUGGAAAAUAGCACCGUGCCUAUUGUUGGUGGAAAGUACGAAGAAUAAUGGAGAACAACGAGAGAAGAGAAAAGUCAACAUGUGGAUGGCCCUACCUCUUAUUUGUCGAUCUAGAUUCAAUAACUAGACAUAUCGGUACAGCAAGUUGUGCAUGGCGUUGGAUAUUUGGAUGGUCUUGCCAUUCCAUUCAAUGGAAUUGAGAUUUUGG